AUGGCAUCAAAGAUCCUUGCUGAAUCUCCAUCCCCACUCGACUUGAAGGUCGCUCAAGCUUUCCUUGAUUUGGAAUCCACCACCGACUUGAAAGCUGACUUACGUCCAUUACAAUUCAAAUCCGUCAGAGAAAUCGAUGUCAAUGGAGGAAAGAAAGCUCUUGCUAUCUUUGUCCCACCACCAUCAUUGAACGCUUACAGAAAGAUCCAAACCAGAUUGACCAGAGAGUUGGAAAAGAAAUUCCCAGACAGACAUGUUGUCUUUUUGGCUGAAAGAAGAAUCUUACCAAAGCCAUCAAGAAAAGCCAGAAAACAACAAAAGAGACCAAGAUCAAGAACCUUGACUGCUGUUCACGACAAAUUGUUGGAAGACUUGGUUUUCCCAACUGAAAUCACCGGAAAGAGAGUAAGAUACUUAGUUGGUGGUAACAAGAUCCAAAAGGUUUUGUUGGACUCAAAAGACUCUACUGCUAUUGACUACAAAUUGGACUCAUUCCAACAAUUAUACACUAAGUUGACUGGAAAACAAGUUGUUUUCGAAAUCCCAGGUGAGACUCAUUAA